ACUACUGAAGCAUAUAUAGUACGUACAAUUGCUAUAUUUUUAAGCUGUGUAUAUAUGCAAUUGUAAAGAUAAUUGCAGAGCCUAAAAAAUGAAGUUUGGGAAGGAAUUCUCGAGCCAAAUGGUGCCGGAGUGGCAAGAGGCAUACAUGAACUAUAAUUUUCUGAAAACCCUUUUGAAAGAUAUUCAAGUCUUCAGGCAAAAGAAAAGGCUAUCGUCAGCCUUACCGGCAGGACUAAAGCGAAGGCCGACGCUCUACAGAGCCUUCAGCGGCCUCAUCCACCGCCAGCACAGCACAAACCGAAACACUCCGUCGUCGGUUAGCCCCGAAGAUGACAUCGAAAGCCAGACCAUUCUCGUUAGCUCGGUGAAUGAGGACGGCUCCGAGAGCUACCGGACGACGUUUUUUAUGAUGGCGGAGGAGGGCGGGGAGUACGAGCUGGUAUACUUUCGGAGGCUGGAUGAGGAGUUCAACAAGGUGGACAAGUUUUACAGGUCCAAAGUGGAGGAGGUGAUGAAGGAAGCCGCAAUGCUGAACAAGCAGAUGGACGCUCUUAUUGCUUUCAGGAUAAAGGUGGAGAAUCCGACAGGGUGGUUCGAUAGAUCGGUGGAGAUGACUCGCCUCGCGUCGGAUAUUGCAACUUCUGCUGCUGCAUUAUCUGCUUCUACCCCUCUCAGCGUUCGGGUUAGCAGAAAAGUUGCUCUUAUGGAUGUGAUUGAAGAAGGAGGAUCAACGAAUCGCGGAGAGCAAUCGGAUGAACCAAGCGAAGAUGAUAAAAAUAGCGAAAAAGUUGAAGAAGAGAAGCCACGGAGCAUAAGGGCAAGUAGACCCGCUCCUUUGGAAGUACUAAACCGUGUGACGAUGAAUAACACUAUUGAGACUCCACGUUCCACCAUUAAGGGCGUUCUCAAUGUUCCUAAGCAGACAGAGCUAAAUUUCAACAGGGAAAAUCUGAGGAAAGUUGAAGCACAACUCAAGCGAGCUUUCGUUGAGUUUUAUCAGAAGCUUCGGCUCCUAAAGAGCUUUAGCUUUUUGAAUACCUUGGCGUUUUCAAAGAUUAUGAAGAAGUAUGAUAAGAUUACCUCAAGAGAUGCAUCUAAAUCUUAUAUGAACAUGGUGGACAACUCCUACCUCAGCAGGUCUGAUGAUGUUACCAAGCUUAUGGAGAGAGUAGAAGCUACAUUCAUCAAGCAUUUCUCGAAUGCAAACCGCAGUAAAGGCAUGACCGUCUUAAGGCCCAAAGCUAAGAGAGAGAGGCAUAGAAUAACAUUUUCCACUGGUUUCUUUGCUGGCUGCACUGCCGCUCUUAUGUUAGCCCUUAUUUUGCUCAUCCGAGCGGGCAACAUCAUGGACAAACCAGAAAGGAAAAAGUACAUGGAAACCAUGUUCCCCCUAUACAGUCUGUUCGGAUUCAUUGUCUUGCACAUUCUUAUGUAUGCAGCAAACAUUUACUUCUGGAGGCGAUAUCGAGUCAAUUAUUCCUUCAUAUUUGGUUUCAAGCAAGGAACGGAGUUAGGCUACAGACAAGUUCUGCUUGUAAGCUUUGUUAUCGCGGCGUUGGCAAUAGGAGCUGUGCUGGCAAACCUUGACAUGGAAUUGGACCCCAACACUAAAGACUACAAAGCACUAACUGAACUCGUUCCGCUUUUUUUGCUUGUGUCUUUGUUUGUCGUUCUGAUAUGCCCUUUCAACAUCGUAUAUCGCUCUAGUCGUUACUUCUUCCUCACGUGCUUGUUUCACUGUCUUGCUGCUCCUCUUUACAAGGUGACACUCCCAGAUUUCUUCUUGGCAGAUCAGUUUACUAGUCAGGUUCAAGCUUUGAGAAGUGUGGAAUUCUACAUCUGCUACUAUGGUUGGGGAGACUACAAACUCAGAGAGACCACUUGCAAAUCCCAAAGCGUCUACAAAACUUUCCUUUUCCUUGUUGCUGCUCUCCCAUAUUUGUGUCGUCUCCUUCAGUGUCUCCGCCGUCUGUUCGAAGAGAAGGACCCAAUGCAAGGAUACAAUGGCCUGAAGUAUUUCUUGACGAUUGUAGCUGUUAGUGUGAGAACAGCAUACAGUCUUGACAAGGGCAUGAGUUGGAAAGUUGUGGCCUGGAUCUUCUCAAUCUCCGCAGCCAUUUUCAGUACAUAUUGGGACCUUUUUAUUGACUGGGGGCUUCUGCAGCGCAACUCUAGGAACCGCUGGUUGAGAGACAAACUCCUAAUACCCUAUAACGGUGUCUACUUUGGAGCCAUUGGCCUGAAUAUCUUGCUGAGAUUUUGCUGGCUGCAAACUGUGCUCAACUUCCAGGUGUCUUUCUUGCAUAGGGAAACUAUGGUCACCAUUGUUGCUUGCCUCGAGAUCAUUCGACGCGGCAUUUGGAACUUCUUCAGGUUGGAGAAUGAGCAUUUGAACAACGUGGGCAAAUACAGGGCCUUCAAAUCAGUGCCUCUACCAUUCAACUAUGAUGAAGAAGAGGACAAAGAUGAGUAGGACGUUAUGUUUUAUAGCCACAGAUAAAGAAAACCGUGGAAAUUGAUAUGCAGAAUUUUGGAACAGAGGAAAGUACAGGAAAAUUCAAAUGGUCAAGAAGUGCCACCUCUAGAUUUUGCCCCCCCUUUUUUUUUCUUUUGAGUAAUAAUAUUCUUUUAUUUCUUGUUCUCUCU